GGCGCACCGGGGAUGGGGUGAGAGGUAGAGGGAGGGAGGGGGAGCGGGACCAGUUUGUUUUGUUAUUGAAGGUCACGUGGCAAGGUGAAGCUCCACCCCCCUCCCCCCGUUACCACCGAUUCAACCGUCUCGAGCUCCUGCUCCGGUCAGUUACUACAAAAUGGCUGCAGAGGCUCCGCUGCCAACGAGAACCUACUGAACGCUUCAUGCUGUGAGACGAAGCAAAACACACGAGAAGAGAACCAUUUGAUGGAAGAUAAGAAAAAGAAAAAGCAAGAAGAGAAGAAAAAGAAGGAAGCCGCUCAGAAAAAGGCCACAGAACAGAUAACCAAAGUGCCAGACUCUGCCAAGCUCGACCCCACCCUUCCUCUUCCCCCCAUCAACCCCAUUGCCGUCCCGUCUGUACCCCCAAGCAGUGGCAAUGGCAAGCGUGCCCCCUCUGGAGGUCAGCCGCAGACAACUCAGCAGCCCCAGACUCUGCUCCAGCAGCGCUACCCGCCAAGAGAGGUGCCCCCUCGCUUCCGCCAGCAGGAGCACAAGCAGCUGUUGAAGAGGGGCCAGCCUCUGCCCUCCGGGACACUGCUUCUCACCACCACAGGACGUCCCUGCACUACUGAACCUGCAGCAGCAGCUGUAGCCUCCUCUCCCUCCUGCUCCUCUUCCUCCACAGCCAGCCUUCCUACAGAACUGCCCCCACAGAGUGGCCAGGGAGCCCAGUAUGAUAAUCCCCUCUGGGGACACCUGCCAGCCAACAGGAGUGCCACAAGUGCUGCAUCUUCCACCAGUCUCAGUGGUUGGGAUCAACUGAUCAUUGACCAGAAGGACACAGAGGCUUGGCCUUCUAUUACCCUCAGCCAGAGCCAGGCCCCUCCAGGAGGAUGCCCUUUGGAUAUUGACCCUGGUCACUUGACCAGCAGCAGCAGCAGCAGCAGCAGCAGUACUAGUAGUAGUUGCAGUGCAGUGAGUAUGGCCACAGGGGCCAAUAGCCAGACAGGCCACUUUCCUGCCAACCACCUUAGCAGCAAGGCCAACAGUGGGCCCAGCCCUGCCAAUCAUACUGGAACCAGCAUGCUCUCUAGCCAGGUUGCAGCCAAUCGCAGCUGGGGCUCUGGGCCUGGACCCUCCCAUUGCCCCCCUCAGUCCUCAGUGGGGAAUGAAGGGAAGAGUGACUGUCCAGUUGGGGGAGCAGGCAGCAGGGGCUGGGGCUCUUCUUCAUCAUCCUCCACCACCAACUUUAACUUGAACCUAAACCCUAAUGCCAACCCAUCUGCCUGGCCCAUGUUAGGGCAUGAUGGGGGUGGCACAGGGGGAGGCAGCUCAGGGGGAGCCAACACCAUUUCACCUCCUCAACCUACACCCAACCUCUGUAAUCCACCUGGCCCCCCACCAGCCCAGACCAGCACCUGUACCGGAGCCAACACUAACAGCAACUCGGGGAUUGGCAGCGCCUGGGGUAACAUAAUGGCCUCUGACACAUCAGAGCCACACCCCUCCCCGUCCACGAAUGUGUCUUUCAGUUCAGAACCUCAGAACCUUAAAACUGAUGGACCAAAUCACACUAAUAAGCAGGAACCUCCCAGCCCCAUCCGCAGCUUGCCUGGCUGGGGUAGUGCACCUGUAGGCGUGGGUUCCAUGGGCCAGCCCCCACAAGGGGGCCCACAGGUCAAUGGAGAAGAUGGUAGCUCAGUAUGGGGUAACAGUGGCGACUCUAAGGCACCUUCAUCUAAGGAGACACCUGGCUGGGACUCUGGCUGGAACCAUGGAGGAGGUGGAGCAGGAAACUCUGGAGGCUGGGGUGACCAGUCCGGAGGAGACUGGGGGAAACAGCACACUGAAGAAGCCCAGGGAGGCUGGGAUGCCCCCAGCUCUCCUCCCCAGGAUCCACAGGCUAGUCCUUGGAGCAGAGCAGUGAGCACAGCUGGUGCCAGUGAAGGUAGCAGUGACAGCAUGGAAGGACAUCCCCAGCGCAGAGACCGCUCAUCCAGAGAUAAUCCAGCUCCUCUGCUGCCUGCCCAGGAUCUGGACCCCAGGGUUCUGUGUAACACUGGCUGGGGACAGACCCCUGUUCGCCAGCACACCUCCUGGGAUAUGGACGAUACUAAACGCAAGAAUGAUGUAGGCACUGAAUCAUGGGGCUCUGGCCCAACCACUCCAAACGAUGCCCAGGGGCCCUCCAACACUAACAUGGGCCCCACUCAGAGGACUGACUCUGGGAGCAAAAAUGAUGUGCCUGGUUCUCAGGGAGCUUCAGGCUGGGGUGGAAGCAUAGCUGCUACCAACAAGCCCAGCUCUGGUUGGGGAGAGCCACCCAACAACAUUAAGCCCCCAAGUGGCCCUAGUGGCUGGGGAAACUCCCCAUCAGGAGGCCCCACCACCAGUGUACCCAAGAAUGGUGGUCAGUCCUGGGGUGAGGAGAAGUCAAGUGGGUGGGAUGAUUCUCACAUCAAGUCAACAUCCCAGGGUUGGGGAGAGCAACCAAAAGCAUCCCAUAGCUGGGGCAAUAGUGGAGGGAGCAAUAACACAGGGGACUGGGGAGAACCAGAAGAGAACAAAAAGAGUCCUACUAACCCUGCCUGGGAAGGAGAAGCAGGAGGCUGGAAGGAAAAUCCACGAGGUUGGGGAAUGUCUGCUUCAGGACCUGGGAUGUCUGGAGCUGGAGGAAAUGGUGGCUGGGGAGAGCCAGUUUCCCAGCGUCCCAGUGGCCCUUCUCAAGGAUGGGGGGGCAAGCCUCAGGAUGGGCCCAGUGGUAGUAGCAGUGGAGGGGGCAUAGGCUCUUGGGGUAGCUCAGGCUCAGUGAAACAAGGUGGAGGCUGGAGUGGCAGUAAGCAGGAGUCCUCAGCUGAGCCCACAGGCUGGGAAGAGCCCUCCCCACCUUCAAUCCGACGCAAGAUGGAGAUAGAUGACGGGACCUCAGCUUGGGGUGACCCCGGUGCCUAUAACAAGGCAGUCAACCUGUGGGACAGGAACAAUCCAGGAAUGUCCCAGGCUAAAGUUACCACUGGAGGCAAUAAUCCCCCAGGCCCCAAUAACAACCACCCCCACUCUCACAAUCACCCUUAUCACGGGCCACCUGCACCUUUACAGAACCACAGCCAAACCUCCCAAAACCCAGGACCCACCAGUGGGCCCAUGGAUUCUGUUGUGCAACACCAGCCCGGGCCAUCUCACAACAGGGGUCCCAUGAUGGCUCAAGGUUGGGGAGAGCUACCCAGCUCCCACGCAAAAUCAGAGAGCUCUUGGGGGGAACCUGCACCCUCUCCGGUCAGUGUGGACAAUGGGACGUCUGCCUGGGGCAAACCAAGUGGGAGCUGUGGAGGCUGGGGAGACAGUAACCCGGACAGCUUUGGCAGGGGCAACCCAACAAUGACGUCUGCAUCAUGCAAACCUGCCCCCAAACCUAUGCAAGACGGAUGGGGAGGUGGAGCUGAGGAGCUGAGCCUGUCGGGGGGCCAGUGGGAUGCUGAGGAGGGAGACAUGUGGAACAGCGCUGCCUCCCAGGAGAGCAACUCCUCCUGCAACUCUUGGGGCAAUGCAUCCAAAAAAGGCCCACAGAAGGGGAAGGUCCCAGGGAAGCAGGAAGAUGCCUGGAUCAUGAAUCGUCUCAUCAAACAGCUGACAGACAUGGGCUUCCCUAGGGAUCCAGCAGAGGAGGCUCUGAAGAGCAACAACAUGAACCUGGACCAGGCCAUGAGUGCUCUGCUGGAGAAGAAGACGGAGCUGGACAAGCGGGGGAUGGGGAUAGCUGGCCACGACUACAACAACGGGCUCAUCAACAAGCCCAUGAGCUGCCCUCGGCCUCCGCUUCUUUCCAAAGACCCCUCAGCAGACCCCCGCUUGCCCUUCAUGGAUAAGCAGAUGCAGAGUGGAAUGUUUGGUGGCGGUGGAGCAGCACAAGCCCGGGCCAUGCAGCAGCCGCAGCCGCCUCCUCAGCCGCCAGUGCCGCCUCUCAGCUCCUCUCAGCCUAGUCUACGUGCUCAAGUGCCUCAGUUUCUCUCCCCUCAGGUUCAAGCACAGCUCUUACAGUUUGCAGCAAAAAACAUUGGUCUGAAUCCUGCACUUUUAACCUCACCAAUAAACCCUCAACAUAUGACCCUUCUGAAUCAACUUUACCAGCUGCAACUGGCAUACCAGCGUUUACAAAUUCAGCAGCAGAUGUUGCAGGCGCAGCGCAAUGUUUCUGGCCCCAUUCGACAACAAGAGCAGCAAGUUGCACGUACAAUCAAUAACAUGCAGCAGCAGAUCCAACAGCACCAGCGUCAGCUGGCCCAGGCCCUGCUGAUAAAGCAGCAGCAACAGCAGCCGCCCCCCUCCCACUCGGGCCUGCAUCCUGGCGGGGCCAAAUCCACCCUGGACUCAUUUCCAGGUCACCCCCAGGCUCCAGGCCUCCCUGACUUGCAGACCAAAGAGCCGCAGUCAUCUCCCAACGCCUACAGCCCCUACUCUCUCUCUGGACUGAAUCCAAACAUGAAUGUAAACUGCAUGGAGGUGGGAAGUCUGUCUAUGAAGGAACCCCCUCAGCCCCAGUCGCGCCUGUCACAGUGGACGCACCCAAACUCCAUCGAAAGCCUCUCUGGUAGCUCCUCUCCUCUAGAGCCCAACCUGGGCAAGCAUGGUGCCAACUUGGGUCCCCCUGGUAAGCCCCCUCAGCUGGAGGACUCUUACAGUCCCUACAACCUGAUGUCCAGCUCAGAUUCUCCUACCAGCCCCCUCGUCCCCCCAGACAGCUGGGGACAGGGCAAGAGCAGCAGUGACAAGAUGGCCAAUGGGACCAAUAUCAACUGGCCACCAGAGUUCUGCCCUGGUGUGCCCUGGAAGGGCCUCCAGAAUAUCGACCCCGAGACUGACCCCAACGUGACCCCUGGCAGUGUCCCCAGUGGGCCCACCAUCAACACCAACAUCCAAGAUGUCAACCGCUACCUGCUGCGGGACAGGAGUGGAGGUAAACUGUCAGAGAUGAAAUCUACUUGGUCUCCAGGCCCCAUUUCUCACAGCCAGGCCUCUCUGUCCCAUGAGCUGUGGAAGGUCCCCCAGGGCCCCCGGAGCAGCACCACGGCCCCUUCCCGCCCCCCACCUGGCCUCACCAACACCAAACCUUCCUCAACCUGGGGGGGCAACUCCCUGGGUCUGGCCCAAGGCUGGAGCAGCUCUUACACCACAGCAGGUACCACGUGGAGUACAGACAGCUCCACCAGGACCAGUAGCUGGCUGGUUCUGAGGAAUCUCACUCCUCAGAUUGAUGGUUCGACUCUGCGUACACUGUGCAUGCAGCACGGGCCCCUCAUCACAUUCCACCUCAACCUGACACAGGGCAACGCUGUGGUGCGCUACAGCUCCAAGGAUGAAGCUGCCAAGGCUCAGAAGUCCCUGCACAUGUGCGUGCUCGGGAACACCACCAUCCUGGCAGAGUUUGCCGGGGAGGAGGAAGUGAACCGCUUCUUUGCACAGGGCCAGUCACUCGGUGGAACAACCAGCUGGCAGGCCACUCCAGGCACCAAUCAGACAAGGAUGGGCGGGACCGGGUCUGGAGCCUCUCACCCCAUCGGCCACUCGCCCCACUGGAACAACAACAACGGCGGCAGUAGCGGCGGCAGUAGCAGCGGCCUGGGAGCAGGCGGAGCAAAGACAGGCGGGGAGUUGCUUUGGGGCAGCGUGCCGCAGUAUUCUAGCCUGUGGGGACCCCCGAGCGGAGAGGAGGGACGGGUCAUGGGGAGUCCCACCCCAAUCAAUACGCUGCUGCCUGGGGACCUGCUGAGUGGGGAGUCCAUGUAGGACAGAAGAGCCCAGGCUAAACAAACAACCAACAGGAGCAAAAACCUUUCAAAUCAAUGUGGAGAUAAUCAGUGUGGGUGUAACAGUGAAAAGGAGAAACGAGAGGAGGACGAGGCCACACCGUCGCUGCUCACCCUCGUCGACCUCCUCUACUCCUUUUGUUUGUAACGACAUUUCAGUUGCAGUUCUUUCGUGAAUCUCAGUGAGAGAUUUUGGUCACAGUGUUCAGCUUUUACUUUUGGAGACACAGGAAGAAGUCUUUCAUUCAACAAAGAAAGAGAACUUUUUACAGAAACAAACUUUUGCGAACUCGCCGUGUGAAACAUGUACUUUAGUCAAACUGACACAAUGACGAGCUGCCAUCUUUAAACUUGCGUAAUCCCUCUCUGCCUUUUGAGGCAAUCAUACUGCACCUCAGAGAUCCAUGAAAAAGGCAUCAUUCCCAAAGUUAAAACCCUUCAAUCAGAGUGCUUGUUGAACUCUCAGCUGGUCCAGACUCAACAUUUGUUUCUCUCAGCACUAAUAUUAGCCUUAACCUCUUUCCUGCCCUGCUAUCCUCACUCACUCUGUACUUGGUGAAGAAGCAUACGGACACUUGCACACCCUUAUUUCUGAGCCAGUGAAACCUGAGUGGAGAGUACAUGCUGCUUAACGUAAGCAACCACAGCAACUCACAACUUCAGUGCAUUUUUUGCAAGCAGAUUGAGUUCCCCACACAACGCUCAAAGGGAAUGAUGCAACUCUGUUCGCCUUGUUCAAGCCAUUUAUUUUUGUAGUGUUUUUUUUUCUUUUUCUUCUUGAACCAUUGCAAACAAAGCUAAGAAAUGAUAUUAUUCAAAUGUGUCUGUCAAUCUUACCUGGUGAGGGGUGGGGGGGGAGUUUGGGGAUAGUUUUGGGGGUCGUCACGUGUUACAGUUAGCGGACGUGACAGACGACGAAAUGAACCACUGCUAUUACUAUGGAACUGUAAAGACAAACACUUCAAUGCACCUCAACUCACCUGCGGGGCAACUCGCAGUUUGGUCUCAGUCUCUGACCCUCUCACUGAUGUAGUGGAAAAAAAAGAAGGAAAAAAAAAAACCUCAAGCCGUAAAUGUUUCCCAAUGGUGUGUAGUCAAUGAUGCUCACCACCACCACCCCCCUCCACCCCCAACGCCCCACUCCACCCGCAAAACAACCAUUUCAAGUGACGUGCAAUAUAAGCCACAGACUCUACCGUCCAAGCACCCUACCAUGGCCUCUCUCAGAAAGAGAGGAGACUAUGAGGAAUGAUUGAACUGCAAAAACUGUAUCUGCCCCACCCCCCUGCCCCGCAAGCCAACCACCUAACCUACCCCAAACCCUAAAACUGCCACUACUACCCGCCCCCACCCCCCCCAUCCCCUAACAGUGUGUGCGCUCAGGAGAGUAGCAAGCUGGUCUUCAACCAUCUUCAACCACAAGGAUGUACAAACAAAGCACUUCUUCAGCCAGCUUACUCUCCACACUUAUGCCAGUGACUAGUUUUAGGGGAGGGGGAGGGAUAGGUGUGUGUGUGUAUGUGUGUGUGUGUGUGUGUGUGUGUGUGCGCGCGCGCUUGAUGGAAAGGCAUCAAACCAAAAUGAGAGGAGCCACCUGUUUUCCUUUUUACCCAGAAGACCAGAUGACCCUUUUUUUCUCUCGGCCCAAAUUUGCAUCGGUAGAAGAGUAUGAAGCAAAGAUUUUGUGAAUAGGUGGUCUAUCAUAGCACUUAGCAAGAGCGCUGCAGCUCAUUAUACCCUCAAUGCCAACGAAUAGAAGAAAGGAGAAGCAACACUGGCAAAUAAAAACUGAAAAAGACAAAAAAGCAAUCUGCUUAGUGGCUUCUCUAUAUACUUAUUUUUUAACUUAACAUGGAUGUGAAGAUUUUUUUUUUUUCAAUCCUUCUUCCCUCAAGUCGGUGGGACCAAGAAGGAUAUCAAACAUGGUAGCAAAGUGAAGGGAAAUACAAAGAAAGAACUAACUCGACUGAUGAUGGGUGCGGCAGGGAAAGACCCUGAAAGCACUCAUCCUCACCCUCUUUUAUCAAAGUAAAUAUCACUGUUACAUUGCAUACUUUGAAAUCUUUAGCCUUGGUGUCUGGAAAACGCUCGACGUGUUUAUGUUCUACUGGGUCCAGCAGGGAGGAUCGCCAUCUCUUCUUCAUCCUUUUUAUUUUUUAUUUGUUUUGCUUUUUUCAUCUUCUUUCUAUUGGAGGCCCUGCCAACCUGUGUGAUAGUGUGGCCACUGAGUGCCUGCCUGCUGCAGAGCGCAGUGCUCUGCGGCAGCCCUCACCCCUCCCUCCCUCCUCCGCCACUCUCCCCUCACUCGCCGCCUCCCUGCGGAUCCCCCUACAGACUGGCUUCCUUCCUCUUCCUGCCGCCACCACCAAACCCCAACCCCACCCUGGGGCCUCCAAGGCCAAGAGCAGCUCUUUCAGAACUGGCCCACGUGUAUUAAAUUUACUACUACUACUACUGCUGCGCCAGAGUCUGUCCUCAGCAACCUCCACUUCCACUCUCUCUCCCUCUCUCUGUCUCUCUCCUGCAAGGAUCACUUUAGCCAGAGAUGGAGGCGUUUGAUGUGUUUUUUUUUUUUUCAUGGUUUCACUUAUGGAAUUGCCAGUGUGCAUUUUUAUUUUAUUGUUGUAAGAAGUUUGCUGAUAUUGUUGCUGUUAUCAUUGAUGAUAUAGUUGAUGAUUGUUUUCUGAUGAUGAUUUCAUGGCUUUUUAAUAUUGGUCUUUAUGCAGUGUUCAGCUUCUCUCCUGCCCCUCCCACUGCCUCACAGGCAGAGCCAGUGUGUAGUUCAGAGGUACGCCUCAGCCGUGCAGCCAAGGCCAUACAAAACACUGCAGAUCCCCGUAGAAAAGGAAGGUGACGGGUGGGGGGAGGAGGUCUUUAUGUUGGGAGUCAGACGGGGUGGGGGUUUGAAGAGUCAAAUCAAGUGGGAAGGGUUGUGUAGUCGAAAAAGGGUUCUCUCCGGGCUGCCAGACCUCUGCUCUACGUCGUCUCAUAACACACACUUCCUUUAAUGUUGAUGCGCCUCACUCACACUGGUGCUUUAUGUUUAACUCUGGGAGCACUCAGUUAACGCUUAGAACCACCUCAACUGAUGACAGCCUUCCAUUUCUAUGCAAAGACAAGGAGGUGUUCGUUCACAGCCAUCUAGAAAAUCACAGCCAUUGCCCACAUCUGCCAGUCUCCACUUAUCUCUCAACCUUUACUACCAGGCAGCUUCCCUUGAAACCCCCCCCGGAUAAAAUGUAGGGGACACUGAAAGAAGAGCCUCUCCUCAAGGGUUUAGUCUCCUACUGUGUGGACAGAGCUACUAGAUGACACUAAAUGACCUGCUGGAGGCACUAGUGGUUGGCAAAGACACUUCGUCAGUCUUGUGUCAACCAAUCUUUCCAAUAUCUACUUCCACUUUGCCAUAUCCUGAUUUAUCUUUAGCGUGAUGAGACUUAAGUUCUUUUUAUUGCUGCAGGGGGCGUAUACCACAAGCCCCAGCUGUAGGAGGUUUGAGGAGGAGUAGAAGGGCAGGACAGAUGAAUGGUGCUGGUCUUUCACCAACACGAGGGACUGGAAGUUUUAGUGGCGAACCAGGCUGCAGGAGGAGGCGGGGUGGGGUGGUCCCUGUAUGUGUCUGUGCACUGUUUAUGGGUCACAUCGGGUACAUCUCUUUAAAAACCAAAAACAUUAUCUUUUUUUUAUCAUCAAGGUUUUUGCAAAAACUAGAAACUACAAAAAAAAGAUCUGUUUCAGCUGUGCACUUUGAGGCUGAGAUGUCUGUGUUCUGUGUCUCUGCAAGCUGCCACCUUCUCACCCCCGACAAAGGCUUGUUCUCCGGGCCACUUGCGGGGAAGCUGUAUCCAGGAAGGUUCACUCUGGACCUCCUACUCGAAGGUUGCACUAGCCAAUAUAUAUAUAUAUAUAGAUAUAUAUACAUAUAUCUGGCUUUGGUGUAUCAGCAGACACAGGGACACACCUCAAGUUCGGUACCAAGUCUUAAAACUUAGGGGAUUCGCCCUCUUCCAGAGUUGCUUAAGACUCGCGUCAUUCAACAAAACAAUCACUAUUGCCUGUGUUGUUCGUUUGUGCGUUUGUUAGUUCCUGAAAACCUGCAUUAACCCCCCCCCCCCCCAACACUGGACUUGAAUCAAGAAAUCGGCGUGGAAGUGGGGGAGUCGAAUAGAGCGGGAGGACGGGGUGACUGGGACGGAGGUCGAGUCUCAGAUGUGCCCUGGAUUUCUUUGGCGCAGCACCAGCACUGAGAGCCCCGCCCCCUCCCACACCCCUCACCCCCGAACCCUUAUCUACCUGUCUAGUGUUGAAAAUCGAAUGCUUUCCCUUUUUUUUUUUUUUUUCUGUUUUGUUUUGUUUAAAAAAAAAAAGUCACAUCGACUCAAAGGCAACUGGAGCUUGAGCAAAAUAUGCUUCUCAAUCAUGGAUCAGACAAGGGUUCUGGGGCAGGGGUUCCAACAAGAUUUGAAUCAGCAAAUCUCUUUAUAAAAAAAAACAAAGGCCUGGGUUGAAUAUGCACAUGCUAGUUCAUAUACAGUAUACAACCAAAAAUAUAUAAUGGGUGUAUGUGUGUAUAUGGCUAGAUUUCUCUGUUUUCCACUUAACCUAAGCCCUCUCCCCUCCCCUGCCCUGGCUUCUGCCCUUACCCUGUGUAUCCUCCUCAACAUUGUAUUUCCCAGAAAACAAGAUCAUAAACAUAUCAGAGUAAUACAAAAUAAUGAAAACAAAUACUUGAAUCAAAAGAAGCGCCAAUAAUGUAAUGUGAACACUUUUUGUAGUGGUUUUUUUGUCUCAUUCAUACACUUCAGAGAUUUUUGAUAACAUCGGUUCAGAGUGAAUUAAAUUUGAAAUACGAGUGUUGUUGAAAACAAAGGUCGAUAUAAAGGCAAAUUUACAUCUGUUGUAUUUGAGUGUUUGCACAAGGCUGCUUGUACUGUAUGUUGUAUGAAUGUUCGGUGCGUGAGGUGAACAUGUGUAUGAGAGCUCGUGAUUACAGCGGAGGAAUUUCCGCCUCGUGUUUCUUUUCAAUUCAGUAUACUUAUGUUGUUGAUUUUGUUUUUUUUUUUUUGUUUUGUUUUUUUUUCUUUUUGCUUGUCAAAAAUAUAUUCUGAUGUUAAUUGUUACUAGCCUCUAGCGUUGCACUGAGUGUCGGCCUCACCCCUCAUCCAGCUAAACGAACAACAUGAUACAAGUACUGAGGGGAGACGGGGACAGUUCAUGUGUAAAUGUUUACUCAAGGACUAAAAUAAGUGUGUUUUUAAAAUGUAAUGUUUAUCUACCUUAGUGGCUUUCAUUGUGGAAUAAUCCAAGAAAGUAUGGAUCAUAAUUGAGUAUUGCACCAUUUUUCAGACUAUAAACCUAAAAAAAAAAAGAAAACUAAAAAAAAAUCACAUAUGUAUAAAAAAAAAAUGCAGCAAAAAAAAAGUAUUUUGCAGACCUGUGGCCAUAGAUUGGGGUAGAAGGACUUCAGCUCUCCCAAAUCUGAGCAAUGGAGAGAGUGAAGGACGAGACAUCAGACUGAGCCUUGGCUUCUAGGGCUCACUUCAGAGGUGCCUACCUUUUUGGUUUGUUAGCUUUCGUUCUGUUUUCACUUAUGUUCGAUUCACUCAUAUUGUCAUUUGUUUUCCUGCAAGGCCACUGACAGUUUACAAACACUUUAGUUUUUUUCUGGAGUUCAAAAAAAAUCUGCAACACAAAGGAAUUAAACCAUGGGAAUGUUGGAAAAAAGAAAAAAAAGGACAAAUGCUUCCAUUUAUUAAAAAAAAACAACACUUCACAGAAUGAAGAUUUAUUGUGCUACUUUCAGAACUCUGGGAUUGAACAGUGUUGUCUUGUUCUGUUUAACCUUCUUUGUUCUGUGUUAAAGUUGAUUUCAUGGACUAUCUCAAGCCUGUAUGUUUUAUGUUGAUUAUAAUAUUUUUCCUUUAUAUAAAAAAAAAAAGAAAAGAAAAAAAGACAUAAUUGCUCACUAUCUUGCACACACACGAAAAAGUGGAUCUUGUCUCAGGAAGGCCAGGGUUCCAGAGUACCAACUCCACGCCAUUUUAAUGUACAUUUUUAUGAUGAGUAAAAAGAAAAGGAUGAUUUAAAAGAAACAAUUCUAAGCACUGAAAGUUAUGGACUUCAGAAGAAGAGAAAAUACCUUUUGUUUCUAAAUCCGUAGCAGUUACAUAAUAACCAAAUAAUGGACUUUAAAUGAAAAUGGAGUGCUUUAUAUAUAAAUCUAUAUAUAAAAAUUGCUUUACAUUAAAAAAAAAAACAAAAAAAAUGGUCAAUGAUUUUGAUUGUUUAAAAAAAGAGACAGUGAAUAACAUGCAAAAUGCUGUAUGUUUGAAUCUUUAUUGUGUUUUCUUAAUGAGGUCCCGUCCUGACUGAAUCAGGAACAUUGUGCAUUAAUCUUUCUUUCCUCUCUCUCUCUCUCUCUCUCUCUCUCUCUCUCUCUCUCUCUCUCUCUCUCUCUCUCUCUCUCUCUCUCUCUCUCUCUCUCUCACUUUCUCUCUCUCAUUCUCCCACAGCGGGUAUUAUUAAUAGAUAAAUCAGACUUUUGUGGAACUUUUUUCACAUUUUGGAGGAUGUUUGUAAAAAAAAAAAAAACAUGAGCUGGUUGUAAAGGAUCAUGAAACUAUGCACAAGUGUUUUUGGGGGGUGGGGUUUGGGGGCAUAAGAUGGGGAUUUUAUGGCCUACUUCUUAAGUGGCUGAUCAAUUGCAGGGGUUUUUGGGAUCCAAUGUGUUUUAUUGUUUUUUUUUGUUUGUUUGUUUUUGGUUUUUUUUUUUUAAGGGGGUGGAGGGAGGGUGGGGGUGGAGAGGUGACUGAUCUCGAGCCCUCCGCCUCCAGCUUCCUUCCCCUGAUUCAGAUCGACCUAGCGCUACAUCGCCAUGCUGUGUAUUCCUAAAACCAAUGAGCGUCUCACUCUUUAGCACUGUGGGAUUCUAGCCUGUCACCCUCAAGGGUUUUUUUUCUCAGUUGUUAAGGUUUAUCAGAGGGUGGGGUGGGGGUAUGGGAUUAGGGCUGCUUUUUUUUUUUUUUUUUUUUGUUUGCCUUUUUUUGUUUUUGAAAUAUUAAGUAAAAAUGUCUGUACUGAGAUUUGAUGAGAAGUCAGUGGCUUGUAAUGUUUUAUUUUUUCUCUCUGUAUAUCUCUUUCUCCUCAUAGAAUGUGAUUGUUACAUGACAUGCACCGAAACAAAUGUUUUCAUGAACUAUGGAGCUUCUUUCAAAUAUUAAUAAAAUAGCAUUUUUUUUCUUGGCUGUAAAAAAA